UGUUUACUGUUUUAUUUUACGGAUUGUUAAUUUUACUGCUUUCAACAUUUACAUUUUUUUUUUCUGCACAAACAAUCUUAAAAACCCCCCACUUCGUGUUAAGAUCUAAAACUGAACCACACAUAAAUUGAUCCUUGAGAGACGACCUAGGAGUCAAAUCCUAGUUAUACUGUACUGCAUUAAUAUCUGCAAUCAACUUUUGAUGGGCCGCGACAAGCUUCAUCAAUAGCAAUACUGGAAGCCAAAGUAAUGUAGAAUCUUCAACAAGGCCGAGAAGACAAGUGGUAAGACCUUCACGUUUUUCAGAAUAUGAAAUGUAUUCAAAUGCUGGAGUGGAUGAAGAAGGUGAUAUAAUUCACCUAGCAUUGAUGGCUGGAAGUGAGCCUUUGAAUGUCGAUGAUGCCUUAUCACAACCACUCUGGAGGGAAGCAAUGAUGAAGGAGAUUAAAUCAAUCGAGAAGAAUAACACUUGGAAGCUGGUCAAUUUGCCACCUAAUAAGCAAUGCAUUGGAGUGAAGUGGGUGUUCAAGACCAAGCUGAAUCCGGAUGGUACUGUUUCAAAGCACAAAGCUAGACUAGUGGCAAGAGGUUUCUUGCAACAACAAGGAGUUGAUUUCAAAGAGGUUUAUGCGCCUGUUGCAAGAGGAGGAAGAUUAUGUCCAACAGCCUCCUGGGUUCAACAACAAGGAGAAGGAGCAUUAAGUGUACAAGCUACACAAGGCACUUUACGGACUAAGACAAGCUCCCAAGGCUUGGAACAAAAGAAUUGAUGCUUUCUUCAGUGGAAAUGGGUUCGAGAGGUGUAUUGUAGAGCACAACUUAUAUGUGAAGAAGAUCGAUAGCAAUGAUCUGUUGAUUAUUUGUCUCUACGUUGAUGAUCUAUUGGUGACCGGCUCGAGUUUGAAUGUAAUUGAAGAGUUCAAGUAUAUGAUGAAGGCUGAGUUCGAAAUGACAGAUCUUGGAAGACUUAGCUAUUUUCUGGGAAUGGAGUUCUCACACACUGCUGCAGGCUUGGUGAUGCACUAGAAGAAAUACAUAAAGGAUUUGUUGGAGCGAUUCAAGAUGACACAAUGUAAUGUUACCAGGAAUCCACUUGAGGUCAAUAUGAAGCCGCGAUUUGAUGUAGAUGAAGAAAGUGUGGAUGAAACGACUUAUAAGCAGCUCAUUGGUUCUUUGCGAUUCCUAUGUAAUAGCAGACCAGAGCUGAUGUAUGGGGUUGGCCUGUUGAGUCAAUUCAUGAGCAGUCCACAGAAAAGUCAUUUGAUUGCGGCUAAACGUGUUCUAAGGUAUGUUAAAGGAACAACUAAUUAUUGUAUUUUGUUUCUGUAUGGCAUGCAAAAGGAUGAGUUGAAACUAGUUGGAUACACUAAUUCCGAUUUCGGUGGAGAUCAAGUAGAAAGGAAAAGCACAUCAGGGAAUAUUUUCUUUCUAAAUACAACACCUAUAUCAUGGAGUUCUAAGAAACAAACCAUUGUUGCUCUAUCAAGUUGUGAAGCGGAAUAUGUGGCUGGUUAUCAUGCUGUGUGCCAGGGUGUUUGGUUCAAUGAAGUUUUGAAGGAUUUAAAGGUGCAGAUCGAGAAACCAUUUGUGCUGUAGAUGGACAACACGUCUGCCAUAAAUUUAGCAAAGAAUCCGGUAAGCUACGGAAGAAGCAAACACAUUUAUGUAAAAUAUCAUUUCUUACGUGAUAUGGUAAAUAAAGACAAAGUUGAGCUGAAGCAUUGUAAAACAGAAUCACAGUUAGCUGACCUAUUCACUAAAGCACUCAAACAUGAUAGAUUUGAGUAUCUCAGAACAAGUAUAGGAGUAUUAGCACUAAGCAACUUGAAUUAAGGAGGUGUAUUGGAUAUAUGUAUAAUUCAAGUUGUUAGUUUAGUUAGUUACUUUCUUUUAUUCAAACUACAUAUACUGUGUAUAUAUCAGUGUUUCAUAUCAGUAAAUAAUACAGCGUAUUACUUUCUCUCUGUCAAAUAUUUCUAUUCUUUCUCUGCCUCAUUUUCACCUCUUCUGCAUAGGCUUGCUUUUAGCCUUCUAUCAGUCUGCAAUUAAAAUAUCGUUUAAGUAAACUAAUGUCAUCACAUACCUUGCAAUAAAAUAAAAUUUAACUAGUUCACUUAUCCAUCUUCUCCAUUACAAGUUCAUACAUAGUCUUAAUUGAAGAAAAAGACCGUUAUCCUACUACACUUGAUCAUAAAAAGAGGACUUAAAUAGCAUGGUGAAAAACUUCCUUCGUUAAUUUGUAGAAGUUGUUGUAUGAUGAUCCUCCAACAUCAGUAGCUCUCACUGCUUUCUUCUUCCAUUCUAAGGAUUUCCGUCUCAUUUGCAUUCCUUUUUCUCCUUUCAUCAUUUCUGUCACAAGCUUGGUUAUCUCUUCUCUCUUCACAUCGUGAUUAACAUCCAUUCCUAUUCCCCAAUUUGCGCUCACGUACCUAGAAUUUGUUUGUUGCUCAGCAAAGAAAGGCCAACAGAUCAUAGGCACACCAGCAGAAAUGCUUUCAAGGGUAGAAUUCCAUCCAGAAUGGGUUAGAAAAACCCCAACAGAUGGAUGAGAAAGCACUUCCUCUUGCAUGCACCAACUUGUUAUAUAUCCCCUAUCCUUGAUCUCAUCAAAGAAUUCUUGUGGCAAAGCUGCAGAUUCAUCCAGUACUACAUCUGCUCUUUUGAUCCAUAAGAAAGGUAGGUUGCUAUUUGCUAAUCCCCAAGCAAAUUCUUUCAAGUGAUGAUUGGUCAUUACUGUAAUACUUCCAUAAUUAACAUAUACCACUGAGUUGGGUUCCCAUUGGUCUAACCAAGUUAAGCAGUUUGAGUCAUUCUUCCAUAAGCUUGAUCCACCUGACAUGAAACCCUUGUCUUUCUCAGGAAAAUGCCUACCAAGCAAGUCAAGUGGACCAAUGGUAUAUAUGUUUGGGUUCUUUGCCCUAAGGGCAUCGAGGGCUUCUCCAUCUAAGUCUUCGAAUGUGUUUAUAAUGAUUGAAGAAGAUCUCCAGCAAUUUUUUGCCUCAGAACCCAAGAAAUCAAACAUAAUAUCAUCCAAAGUUGUGACUCGAAUAAAAGAUGGAAUGUCCUUCAGUCUAAUGUUUUUCAUUCCAGAGAUCCAAUCUAAACUUUGAUUCAAGCUCCCAU